GAGAGAUCUAUCUGUCUCCUGUAGCAGUGUUUAUAUGUGCAUGCAAGCAGUUGCCCCUUCACACGGAUACCGAGACACACAUCAGCAUGGCGAGCCGGGAAAGAGCACAGAGUUUUCUUCACUCAUCAACAAAAACUAAAUUGUCAUGCGUAGGAUUGCUGCGGGUUUUAUUUAUUACUUUUAUACACACGGCGCAGGCGAACAAACAAGCGUUCAUACAGUCAGACACAAUCCUGGAGGUGCUACACUUUGGAGAAGGAGAUCUCUUACAGACAGAGUUUGACUGUGAUCUAAGUUUAUAUAAUCGAAAAGGGCCUGUGGGGAUGCCAACAAUGGAAAAGAUUUACUUGAAUAAUCCCAGCUCAGAAGAAAUUGGUUUGAUAUCAAUAUCAGCAACAACAGCACAUGUUCAUCCAUCCUGUUUCCAGAAUGGGAUAAUCCCAGCAGGGGGAAACACGUCGUUUGAUCUUGUGUUUCUCGCCAGGGUCGUAGGGAACAUAGAAAAUACUUUGUUUAUUAAUACGGCGAAUCAUGGAGUGUUUACAUACCAGGUGUUCGGGGUGGGUAUCCCCAACCCCUACAGACUACGGCCCUUCAUCGGGGCCAGAGUCCCUGUUAACGGCAGUUUCUCUCCACUCAUAAACAUCCACAGCCCUCACAGUGAACCACUGCAGGUUGUGGAGAUGUUCUCCAGUGGAGAUCACCACCAUCUGGACCUGCCUUCAGGCCAACAAGGAGGCACUAGAACAUUCUGGGAGAUCCCUCCGUUUGAGACAAAGGGUGUGAUGAGGGCAAGCUUCUCGUCCAGAGAUGCAGACAACCACACAGCCUUCAUCAGGAUCAAAACCAACGAAAACCAGUUUACCAUACUGCCUGUGGAGGUCACCUCAGCUCCUGGUAUAUUCUCCUCCACAGAGAUGCUAGACUUCGGUACGUUACGGUCACAAGAUCGGCCGAAACAAUUGAACUUACAUCUCCUGAAUUCGGGAAGGAAAGAUGUUUGGAUCGCGAGUAUACGGACGACGCCAUCCAACGAAGCCACCAUCAAUUUCAAAGCAAUCACCCUAAAAGCAGGCGAGAGUAGAUAUACCAAAGUUGCAAGUAUUAGUUUUGAUGCAUCAAAAGCAGAAAGACCGGUUCCGUUUUCUGGUAAAAUAACAGUGAAGGUCAAGGAGAUAAACUCGUCUGAAGUCCCGUACCAAGCAGAGGUGCUACAAGGCUACCUGGGCUUUGACCACACGGCCACGUUGUUCCACAUCAGAGACAGUCCAGUAGACCCCGUGAACAGAUCCAUCUUCCUUACCAACGCCUUCCACUUUGCUGUCCGCAUACACAACGUCACCCUGCCAGAUGAGGCCAAGACCAUGUUCAGCGGGCAGAACCUCAGCGCCCCCGUUCUGAUCCCUCCUCGUGAGUCUCGCUACAUCUUCUCUCUCCUGUUCCGCCCUGUCCGCCCUUCCAUCCACAUCCACAUCAACACCAACAUCUCCAAGUUCCACCUUCCUGUCAGGGCCAACACAGGUUACCUUGAGAUAUUAACAAUCCCAGCGAAGGCUGCCAUAGCAGUGGGGAAGCUAAACAGCUAUCCUGAACACAUCAUCCUACCUCCAUCCUUUCCUGGGAAGACAGUUCACCAGAGUUUCACCAUCCAGAGUUCCUUCACCCAGAGAGCGAGACUCCGACACAUCCGUUCCCUGACAGAAGACAUUCGGUUCUAUUACAAAAGACUACGUAGUAACAAGAGUGGACUGGAACCGAGACGCAUGUCCAAGGUUGCUAAUAUUUAUUUUGAUGCCAGUUUGCAGUGUGCCGACCACUGUUAUGUGGGGUUGCCGUUUGUUCUGAAAUCUGAGGCUCGUCCCCACGGCCUGGUCUUACAGGAGGACAUCUGGGAUGCUGACAUUGACCUCCACCAGAAACUGCUCCGACGCUGGACAGAGCUGAAAGAACGCUCGGGACAUCAAGUUGAGGCGGUGUUUGAAGUCAGCACAGAUCUUCAGGAGACGGUCCAGGCAACAAUAACAGCUCAACAGACCUGGCCGUCGCUGGUUAACGCCUCACAACAAAUCACGUUUCCCCUCACCAAUACCAACAGCUCCUCUGAGACGGAGGUUGUUCUAGAGAACCCAGCAGAUGUCCCAGUGUAUGUCCAGAUCCUCCCUCUGGCUCUCUACCCGAACCCCUCCGUGUUUGCUGGGAUACUCAGCGACAGCUUCCCACUGGGAAAGUUGUCCGACAUCGACACAAAAUCACUGGAAUUUCAGGUCAACAGAAACCUAUCGUCUGUAAUGAAGGGAAGCUCAGGGUUUGUGGAGGGCUCGACCAGACCGUUUGUCCACAACGUGCUCCUGCAGCCUGGAGAGGUCAAGUCCUUCAGCCUGAGGUUCACUCCUUCCAGCAACCACUCUGUCUCCUCCCUGCUCAUAGUCAGGAACAACCUGACUGUGAUAGAUGUGAUCGUGGUUCGUGGCCAGGGAACCACGGGGAGCCUGCAGGUAGCUGGGAAACUCCCUGGACCAGACAGCUCCCUUCGCUUCCAAAUGACGGAGGCGUUGCUGAAGGACUGCGCAGAGAAGAUUAAGUCCAAAGAGCCCAAGUCCACACUGAGAAGGACCUUCAGGGUGGAGAACGCUGGUCUACUCCCCUUGUAUAUCCGCUCUGCAGAGAUCAACGGCCAGCCCUGCCAAGGAUACGGAUUCAAAGUUCUCAACUGUCAGCAAUUUACACUUAAACCAAACGCUUCUGAAGACCUAGUGAUACAGUUUACACCGGACUUCACGUCAUCCAGAGUGAUCCGGGAGCUGAAGCUAGUGACGGAGGGAGGGUCAGAGUUUGUGUUUGUCCUGAACGCCUCUCUGCCUUUUCACAUGCUGGCCUCCUGCACAGAGACCCUCCCCAGACCCUCCUGGGAGCUGGAGCUAUACGUCAUCGUCUCCCUCGUCAUGAGCUCCAUGUUCCUGCUGGUGAUUGCUAUAGCCUACCUGGAAGCCCAGGGGAUCUGGGAGCCCUUUAAGAGACAUCUGUCUCUGGACUCUCCCAUGGAGACGGGAAGACCCUUCGAUCUCAGGGAAAUAAUACGCAUUUCAAGUGAUGCAAACUUGAAUGAUUUCAGCGACGCCCACCAGAACCCGACCAGGGGGAUGUAUGGUUCUGGUAGCGAGGUGUCCCGGGUCGGGAGCCGAAACAGCAGAGCCUCCGUAGACCUUGAUGGACAGAGAGCCAGGAUGGACUUUGAUCGAUCAACUAUGCAAGCCUCCUCCACCUUCUCUUCCUCCCAGCUAGCCAAUGGCGCCCAGGUUUCCUGUCAGCUGACCAAUCGGAAGGCGCGGAGCUCCAAGAGGCAGCAGGGUGGAGGACUCCUGGACCUCCAGAACGGGGGCCCUGGGUCAGGGUCGUCUCUGCCCCACAGAAGGCGCUGUUCUCGGGGAGAGGCCCCAGACUACGCCAGCCUCCUGGGGGCCAUGGAUAACGACCUGGACAGACCUGAAUCACCACCUCUACAGGAACACAACGUUUCUCUGUCUACACAGAACAAUGUGCUAGACUCUAAAGGAAAGGAGCUGAGAGGUAAAACUAAUGCUCAGAGAAAGAGAGCGGAGAAGGAGAGGAGAGCAAAGGGAAAACCACCUCCGGGAGACCAGCUGAAGGAUGUUUUGGCAGACAAUGACGACAGCUCCUCUACCACCACAGAGACCUCCAACCCUGAUGUAGAGGCCAGCAACAAAGAGGAACCAGUGAAGAAGAAGGGCAGAACAGCAGUGACUCUGGAGAAAGAGGAAACCAAACCCCAAGACAACAAGCGACAAACCAACACAAAUGAUCAAUCGAGUUCCCUGGAGCUCCCUUACAUCACAGCCCUGGAGAUCAAACAGCGCAAGGUCUUCUCAUCCAAAGCCCUCAUCCACUCUGCUCUCACCACCGCCCCUACAGCUAGGAAUCUGCAGAAACCCAGACCUGGGUCUCUCCCCCAUCUCAACUCGUCUGAUUGUUCUGUACUUGAAGCCGACAGUCUCCAGCAGACCUCCCUCCAGACCAUGAAUGCAGACACCUUCCUGAAGAGACCCAUCUCAGCUAGGACCUACUCCCAUCCCUGCUCUUCCCCCAGCCUAGUGACCAGGGGAACAUACAGCCAAGUACUCAAUGCCAAUAGUGAGACCAACUUGAAGAAGGCACCAGGGAACAAGCUAGCUAAUGCCACCUCUCUCCUGGGCAAGAAUGGCAAUCCUACUUUUGCAGCCGUGGCUGCGGGAUACGACAGAAGCCCAGGUGGCAGUGGCCCAGGUCAAAGAGCCCAAAGGAAGACUCUAGCUCACGUGACCUCAGUGGAGAGCGAAAGCUCAGACAGCUCAGGAUUAUGGUCUCCCAUAGGAUUCAACCCUGCCAACUCCUUCUCUGCAUUCGGACCCAACAACUCCUUCAAUCUGACAGGAGUCUUCCGUAGGAUGUCCUUCCCGAAGACAUCCGAGCCUCAGCAGACUUGGACUGAGUUGAGCUCUGCGUCCUCGUCUCUCUGGGAUUCCCCCAGCAACCCCCUGCACUCCUGGCUCAGCAGCUCCCCCACUGUCCCCACCGCAGCCGUCCUGGGUAGCAGCAGGAACCCCUGGUCCACCACCACCCCCUUUGGCAGCUCCAUCUGGUCCACUAGUGGUGACACUGCACUACACUCCUUCACUCCCACCACCACCUCCUCCACCCUGCCAGACUUACCCAGCAGCAUCCCCACCGUGGGCCUGGCCCCUCCAACUGCCCCCACUGAGAUGAGCCGUUCCUACGACCCCUGGAGGCCCACCCUCAGCAGACACGGCUCAGAGCCCUGGUCCAGCCACUGAGGAGUAACAGGCACUCGCUCUUAGCCUGGUCCCAAAUCUGUUUCAGCUCGUGCCAACUCCAAUGCUGUCUUUAUCAAGCCAAACAUGGCGACGUGGCAUGAAAUUGAUUGCCAAAGAGUUGGCGUAGCACCAACAGGCUGGAACUCAGGCUAACUCAGGCUAACUCAGGCUAACUCGCUCUCACAGAUGUGAUCGUUCUUAACUGAAUUAUCAUGCAUUCAUGUAAAUGGCAUAUUUACGUCAUGUGAGCAGACCUCAUGUACAUAUUCUGGUCUAAAUCAGAAACAUACCAUGGUAUCAGUUGUUAAACAGUACUUAAAUAUACAUCAAAACAAAUAAUUUUAUCGACGAGUCCCGUCAAGAAAAGGUUUCAAUGUAAUUUGGUAGCCCCAGCACUUUCUGACACAAACCAAAACCCCCUGAUCAUUUAGUUCACAGCAGUUACAUGCUUUUUAUUCAG